AAGUGUAUUGUAUGAAGAUUUGUGAAUUUUCUGAGCAACUCAAAACGGUCCCUGGUAUCGAGGCCCUCUACGUAAGAAGCGUAACCUGGGUCAUGAAUGUGGCUUUGUGUUUGCGGCGUAAACUCCGGGUUGUUUUAGGUAACUAACAGUCAGCAGUGACGGUAAGUAACCAAGCGAAGAAUCACACUUUUGGUCCCCGAGUAUGGCCUCGCAAGGGUCGGAGGACGUAUCAGAACAGACUGAAGAAGCCACACAGGACGAGGAGGAUUUGCGGAUCUCUCCAGCGGAGGAGAUGCCCGCUGACGGGCCCGGGGAUGUGGAGCCGGAGCAGCUGCUGCUGCCGUGGGACCGCUUCUCCGCUUGGCUUCACUGCAUCUGUGUAGUGGGCUUCGACCUGGAGCUCGGACAGGCCGUGGAGGUUAUUUACCCUCACCACUCCAAACUCACCGAGAAAGAGAAAAUGAGCAUCUGCUACUUGUCAUUUCCGGAUUCGAACUCGGGCUGCUUAGGGGACACACAGUUUUGCUUCCGGUUCCGGCAGGCGGCGGGCAGAAAGUCGUCGCUCAGAUGUUUUCUGGACCACUGCGACAGAGACGCACCGGUUUGCCUCAAGAAAGACCAGGGGCAUUUCUACGGUUAUGUUUACUUCAGGCAAGUUCGAGAUAAAACACUGAAGAGGGGCUAUUUUCAGAAGUCUUUGGUUCUCAUCAGCAAGCUUCCUUACGUCACCUUCUUCCACUCACUUCUGAAACUCAUCGCCCCGGAAUAUUUUGAGAAACAGGAGCCGUGUUUAGAAGCCGCUUGCAAUGACAUUGACCGUUGGCCAACACCGUAUCCAGGCAAGAUCUUAUCUCUUCCGAUCAUGGGCAUCGUCAUGAAGCUGCGUAUACCGACGUGUUACGACAAGCCAGGCACCUCGCAGCUUGUGCAGUCCGCUUCGAGCGACUCUCUCGUGUCUGUUGUACUUCCUACCAUCCACGAAGUGGAUCUCUUCAGGUGUUUCUACCCUGUGUUCUUUCACAUCCAGAUGUUGUGGGAGCUCGUGCUGCUCGGGGAAGCGCUGGUUGUCAUGGCACCAUCACCGGCAGAGUCGUCAGACACAGUGCUCGCUUUAGUCAGCUGCAUCGCACCGCUACGUUACUGCAGCGACUUCCGGCCAUACUUCACCAUCCACGACAGCGAGUUCAAGGAAUACACGACUCGAACCCAGGCUCCGCCGUCUGUCAUUCUGGGCGUAACAAAUCCUUUCUUCGCCAAGACACUCCAGCACUGGCCUCACAUCAUCCGCAUAGGUGACAUGAAGCAAACAGAAAUGGUCAAACAGAUGAAAGUGAAGAAAUUAAAGAAUUUGAAAACUCUGGAUUCCAAACCAGGAGUUUACACCGCAUACAAGCCUUUUCUGAACAAAGACGAAGACAUCAUUAAGCAGCUCCAGAAGGGAGUUCAGCAGAAACGUCCAUCCGAGGCCCAGAACGCCAUUUUGCGACGAUAUUUCUUGGAAUUAACACAAAGCUUCAUCAUUCCGUUGGAGCGUUAUGUGGCCAGCCUGAUGCCUUUACAGAAAAGCAUAUCUGCCUGGAAAAGUCCUCCUCAGCUCAAGCCGUUUGUACAGGACGAGUUCAUGAAGACUCUGGAAAAGGCCGGUCCUCAGCUCACGUCCCGCCUCAAAGGAGACUGGAUUGGUCUUUACAGGCAGUUCCUCAAGUCACCCAACUUUGACGGCUGGUUCAGAAACCGCAGGAAAGAGAUGAUGCAGAAGCUGGAGGCCCUGCAUCUCGAGGCGCUUUGCGAAGAGGAUCUGCGACUACGAAUUCAAAAACACACCGAAGUGGAGACGGUCGAUCUCGUUCUCAAGCUGAAAGAUAAACUGACGCAGGCUGAGCGAGAGCAGCUGCCGGUAAGCACAGGAACACUGGCCAAACUUCAGUCCCACAUUGACUCUAUUAUCCUCUCGCUUCCAGAUGACCUGCAGGGAAUCCUGCACAAACCAGCCACACCCUGACCCUGAACACACACCCCUGCAGAAACAAGUACGAGGGGACUGAGCCAAUCACAGUUUUGAGGAGUUUGGAGGGUUUAACACCAGAAAUGCUCCACAUAAGCUGUGAGCAAAUUUCUUUCGCAGGUACAGUUACCCCUAGAGAUCUAACGAGAGCGAAGGGUUGGAGCCGUGGUGCAAUGCUGGCAUUGCUGGAGCCCCGGAAGAGGCAGCACCAGCUCUCAAUGACAUUCUCUGCUCUCUACGUGAAGAGAGGUGUUAGGAAUGUGCUCAUUCUUAAUAUUGAUGACUUUUUGUCUCUCACUGUGUGAGACUGACCUUUUGGAUUCCCGUCUCAUUUUUAAACACGACUGCCUGGACAUUUACGGAGACGAACCGAGUUAACCAUGUAAGAAGCAUACAGAACGAAUCUAGAGAGAUGAAUCUUGAAAACAUUUAACGCAGUGUGGAUUAGGUCUGUUUUAGAUAACGGAUUUAGGGUUUGUUUUUUUCCGCCCACCUCGUACAUCUGAAAGCUUAGAAACCUGCACUCGUGUGAUCAAAUUAUAUCCGGUAGGUUUAUGCAACGAAGAAACAGACACGGUUUUAACGAAGCUGAUCAUGAUUUAAUACAUCGAGACGUUUCACACACAAGACCUUACGUAUGUUUAGGACGUUAACACGUCUACAGGAGUAAAUCACCUAAUCAUCUGACACUCAGCAUUACAUCAGGAGGUGCUGCACAGCAUUAAUGCCUUUUUAGAAUGGAUCUACUAUUAAAACUUUAAGUAUAUAAUGUCGGUCUAAAAUCUCGUCUAAAGAAAAAUAGGUUACUUUUUGGGUUGUUUUUUUUUUGUUUUGUUUUUUCUGAUCGACAGACUUUUUUUUCUUAAUAAUUUUAAAAAAUGUUAUUGCCUAAGCUACAGGUUCCCAACCUCUGUGCUGAACAGUUUAAGCUCUAACCUACCUUAAAUAAGUAUCUAAAUAGCUUUUGAGAGCAUCACAGCACUAAAGCGUUCAGUUUAAACCGUUCUCUACGGACGGCUUGGGAACCUUCGGCAGAGGCAGACGACGUGUUUGCGAAAGGGCGCCCUCUGGGGGUCAGGUUAGUUUUGACCAUUAUAAUAACGUACUGCUGAGUCUGCUAUACUGCUGUACUGCUUCAUUCUGAUCUCUUUGCUUUUUAAUUUCUACUCUCACAUAUUUUUUUUUCCCUCUGUCUGUUGAUUACGAUUAUAUCGAAGUAUCUGACUAGAAUUGCAUGAAAUCGAAGACGUCAAAGCGCCUAAGAGUCCUGCAGGAGUUCUUCCAUCAUGUGCCUUGAGAUAUGAUGAGGAGCAAAAUGUAGAAACGACCAAAGAUACUGUUCUGUUCGGGGUGGUGUAUUUUUUAUUUCUUUUUUUUUAUUAUUAUUAUUUAUUUUUUUAGCACAGAAUCAUUGACUGACACCUGAAGAAAUAUCGUCACUGUUCAUUUCGUGUUACUUCUGAAGUGACAAAGCCGGGUGAAGAACGAGGUUUAGUUACUCAAUAGCUCAGUGGACUGGAUUUGCAGGCUUGGAGACUCGACGCUUAGCGGAUAUGACGGUUGGCUUUCGGUCUGAGACACAGCAGAACGUGCCGUACGCCUGAGCCGGUCGUUAUUGGUUAGCGUAAAAGAUGUCUGUUAGGCAACCACUCGUGUUUUAUACAUACAGAGGAGCUUAUUUUAACAUGCUUAAAGUUUUAUAUAAAAGUAAAUUGAUAUUCUCUCGUGCAUAACACACUUGUCAAACAGUAUUUUGUAACACUGGUAUUUUUGAUCCUGAUCAUUUUUACAGUUAGACGGUUAUGUAGUAAUAAAGUCAUAAAAGGGCGAUGAACGACUCGGUGUAUAGAGAAGCACAGGUAUAAUGUGCUUGCACCAGGUUCCCUAUUUUGGCAUUAAUAUUUUUUUUUUUUCCAAGAGCCAUAACCACUAAUAAUGUUGCAUACACUUUGUAACGUGAAGUUUACGCAUUGCCUGUCUCCAUGUUGUUGUUGUUUUUUUAACUGUAAAUAAAUAUGCACAAUCA